AGAGUUCAUAAGUGACUACCCCCCAGGAGGCAAGGCGAGGCUUCGACAACCUAGCAGGACCCAUCGGCGGUGAGGGAGACUCAUCGAACGGUGAGAAAAAAGGGAGAAAAUGUUUGCCAACGCACUACGUGGGGGCAAUUUUCAGGCCAUUUUUUUAUCAUUUUCGGUGGCCUACUGGCAUGGGAAGGGUGGCGCUCGACUCCUGGGACCACGGGCUUCCCAUCCCGACCAGCGGUGCUCCAUUCCAUGGAGUUUUCUGGCGAGUUUCGAAGAGAGAUAAAGAAGAGAGAGAAAAUGAUGGCAGCCACUUUUCGGCUAGUUUUCCAGCUAUCCGACUGUUGGAUCGGAAAUCUGAGACCACCGAUAGACUCAGGACAACGAAACCUUCGAAAUGGGACUGGCCCCACUUCAAUCGAACACCGUUUGAAAAAUGCAAUUAUCGAACAAUCCAUAUUGCAUGGUGCGAUCGGAUCGAAGAUAGCUCACCGGCGCCAAGACUGCAUUUUCGGUCAGAUCCGGCUAUUUGGUGGCGUGUCUCUGAACGUGAUCAAUAUUAUAGUCAAUCCUAGCGUUUUCAGACAUUCUGGACACCCUUCAAAUGUUAGAUUUGGUAUAGGUAAACCCGAACUCUAAAUUGCUCAAUUUUUGCCUUAUACUGGAUUUAUAAUAAAAUUCAUAAAAUAUUUAUGGAUGAUCAAAAAAUUAUGAUUCUUUUUGCAAUAACCUUAUAAUAUUAUUAAAGAUAGCGAGUAAAGUUUAUAAAAUUUUUAAAGUUAGUUUGGAUAGUUCUUGAAAAAUAUUAGUUUUUAUAAUUGAAUUAUCUGAUGUUGGUAUUAUUGUCUCAUUUGGAGGGUCUAGGAAGAGCUAUAUGAUAUUGAUGAGAUAUAGGUUGAGUUUAGAAGUGUUAUUUGAACCAUUUUAUAGGUUGAGUAAAUUAUGCCAGAUUUUCGGCUGUUUGUUGUCUCUUUAGAGUCUUAUUUUGAAUUAAUACUAAUAAAUUUAUAAUAUAAUUACUUAGGUGAUCGAAGUCAGCUA